UAGAUGGAUCAUCGCCAACCAAACAAAAUAGCGACAGGUACACCGUCUCUCUUCGUCAGUCGAGACGAAAAUACUCUGUUUUCAUCUGCAGGUUGCCAAGAAUGGGAUGUGCUGGAUCCUCGCAGACAAAAGCAGAAGGCAGUGUUAAACAGAUAAAGAAACCGAGAUCGUGGAAGCAUCCACAGCCCAUCACCAUAAGUCAGCUGAUACAGCUGAGAGAAGAGUUUUGGGAUACUGCUCCUCACUAUGGUGGUAGGAAAGAAAUCUGGGAUGCACUCAGAGCAGCAGCGGAAGCUGAUCCAAAGCUUGCUCAGGCAAUCGUGGAGAGUGCCGGAAUCAUACUACAAAAUCCUGAUAUGACAGUGUGCUUCGACGAAGGAGGUAACAUAACAUAUUUUCUGUUUGUAUGUGUGUCGUUUUCGAUAUUGCCUUUAUUCGAACUCGCAAUGCUGCAGGUGCAAGAUAUGAAUUACCUACGUAUGUUUUGAGCGAGCCCAAGAACUUGAUUCGAGAUUCUUGAUAACAGAUGCAAAGCUUCACCAUGUUUGAUUUUGAAAUCUGCUCAGCUGAAAACAAUCGUCUUCAUCAUCUUCUUUCAAUCCAGAAAUAGCUGAUUGUAAUCAAUGGAACAAGAUUAUGCAGAUUUGCCAUGAGAAUAGAGCGUAUAGCAUGUUCUGGUUUCUAAAGUUAUCCAACGACGACUUUGCUGACAAUUAUUUCUUAUUUCACUAUACAAGUUCUUGCAGAAAUCAUGUUGUAAUAUAAAAAUAGGAUGAGUAAUACUCUUAUUGUUAUCAGAUAGCGAUGAAAAGGGGAAGUAGAUGAAAUUCAACGA